UCUCUCUCUCUCACUCUCUCGGUGAAACAAACUGUCACAACGGCUGAAAACUGGCUGUGCGACUCGGCGCAACACUUCCGCGUUACACACCUGCAGCAGGUAGGGCUCGGCCUCAGAACUGGAUGCACCUGCAGCACAGAGCGCGAGACCAGAGCCGAGCGUCUCCACCUCGAAGAAAGCUCAGGAGUUCUUUUCUAGUCUAAAGUGCUGAAAAGCGGCUUGUUUGGCCUGGAAAAGGGCAGUCAUGAGUGAGGAUUAUGGACUUUGUGAAUUGGCCGUGGUGUCGUUACGGGACAACGAGCACGAACCGGAUUAUGGAAUUCAGCUCACUCAAGAUGGACACAUUAACACCGUGGACUUGAGCUCAAAACCCAAAGAAGACUCAGAUUUAGCCACUUUCGAGAGCACAUUUCGUAGCACGAAUGGCACAGCGAAUAUGGGGUCUAACGUAGAAGCGUCCAGCACGGGUGAGCUGACAGUGUGCCCGGCGCAUGAGCUAGAGGUGGACCGGUACUGUAGGACGGAAGGGAGGCCGGUGUGCCAGAAGUGCGUUAGCCAAGGAGCUUGUCGAAAUCAUACAGUGAUACAGCUGCGUUUACGAGCGACGGCUGUAAGGAAUCAGCUGGUGGACAUCUGUGAGAAAAUGCAGCUGCAAGCCCUACAGAUAGAGCGCUUCAUAAACAACACGCUGACUGCAAAAGAGAAGGCCUUGCAGGUGGACGCGAGUAGUGCCCGUGAGCGAGUCGUGGCUCAGGUGAACGCCGUGCGUGAAGCUCUGGAUGAAGAGGAGCAGCGUCUUCUGGAGGCUGUACAGAGGGAGGAAGAGCGAAUCGAGCAGUGUCUCCUCACACAGCGGGCACACUGGUCCAAGUCACUGAACACCCUCACACAUGCCCGCACCAGCCUGGUGCACAAGCUCACACACGCGACAGACACCAUAAUUGUGAGUUCAAACUCAGAAAUUUCAGACAGGAUUGAGGAGGCAGAAGGUGUUGGGGAGCCCAAAGACUCAGAGCACCUGAACUUGAACAGGGACUGCAGUGACAGUAAACUCAUGCUGGGCAUGUGGGCUAGUGCACUGCUGCUAGGACCGACCGCUACAGCUCGGAUGUACUUUGAUGAACGCACCGUCAGCCAUCUCCUUCUGCUCUCCUCUGACCAGCUCACCCUCACUUACCGCCCGAAACGCCAGAAGAAGGGUCUUGAAUAUGACCCGGCGCGUUUUGACAACUGGCCCAAUGCCCUCUGCCUCGAUCCCAUCAGUUCGGGCACACAUGCCUGGGUGCUGUACGUGGGUGACAGCGCCGCCUUUAAAGUGGGUGUCUGCUACCGCAGCAUGGAGCGCAAAGGCUCGACAAACGAAUCCCGUCUAGGCUUCAAUGCCAAAUCCUGGGUGCUGUCUCACUAUGAAGGAAACUUUUCGUACUGCCACAACUCGCAGGUCGUCAACGUGGUUGUAGUGAAGAGUCCCAAGAAAGUGGGCGUGCUGCUGGACUGGACCACACAAACACUGCUGUUCUACGAUCCAGACUCAAAGUGUGUGUUGCACGCUGUAAGACACACUUUUACUGAGCCACUGCUGCCUGCUUGUGCUGUAGCUGAUCAAAGAGUGUCUAUUGUGCACAGCUAAUAUGUAUGUAAUUCCUGUUUACUGAUUCUUGUCAGAAAUUUUAUAUGAAGACAAACAUUACCUGGUUCUGCCGUCACCAGGGUCUCUCUCUGCAGUGCAAGUGUGGCAGUGCUGAUGUUUAAAAAUAUUUAAAGGAUGAGAUUUGAAUAUGUAGCAUUAGUACAUAGAAAUAGAAGCAGAAAUAUAUUCAAACAAAACUUGUGUGAGUGACUGGGAUAAAGACUAAAGGAGAAUUUGAUGUAACUUUCGAAGGUAUUAAAAUGUCUAAAAAAUCUUACAUAUGUUCUAAUUGGGUAUGAAGUAUAUUGUACCAGUGUAAUAUUUCAACGGAAAUAUUUUGGAUAUUUACUUUGAAGAAUUGUCUGUAUUAGUACAGAUUUGAAUAAAUAGUUCUCAGUCAUGAUAAUUAUCUAAUUAUAUAUAUAUAUAUAUAUAUAUAUAUAUAUAUAUAUAUAUAUAUAUACUAAUAUUAAUUAUAUAUAUAUAUAAAACUUAUGAAACGAUUGAGAUGUAUCAGUUUUGGGAAAUUUACCAAAGUGACCCAAAAUGAAGCGAUAAAAUAUUUGUGCCUGAUGUCGUUUAUGUUUGUUCUUGAUUGAUUUUAACAUAAAGCUGGUCAAAAAGUGUAAAAUGCACAAUUUGUUCCUAUUUAUUGCCUUAUUUGAAUGUAGACAGGUAAUGAUUGUAGUCUUCUGUAUUGUUUUAACAAACAUAAAUGAAUUGAUUGUAAUAUUUGCUGAAUUUUGUUGCUGGUAUGUGGACAUUUUUAUGAUAUGAUACAGUAUAUAUCUUAAGAUAUAUUUUUAUUGCAUCAACAUUGCACAUGAUUACAAGGAAAGCUUACUAAGCAUGCAUUACGUUUAUUUUCUAUCCAAAAUUAUUUCUGUCAACUAUUUUAUAAAUGAAUACAGUCAUUCUAGCUCUAAAAUAAGGUAAUAAAACCUUACAAGAGGUGA